AUGGAGCACCUCAAUAAUAUCUACUUCAUUUUGAUCGAAUCUGUGACUAUCAUAUUUUCAUGGAAGAAACUCUUCACCCAAAUCACCUUUGCCACAAUUCUCCCCUUAUCUCUCCUAUCUCUUCUCCAUGCACACAUCUCCAAGCUCCUCUUCUCCAACAUACAAAACCCCUCUUUUAACAACAUUAACCCUAAUAAAUGGCGGGUUUUUCUCUUCAACGCAGCGUAUAUUGUCCUCUUCCUCGCGCUCUCCUUGGUCUCCACAACUGCAGUGGUGGAAGCCGUCGCGCGUGUGUACACCUCCAGCGAGCCGCGUUUCACAGAGGUGAUGCGUGUGGCGCUCAAGGUUUGGAAAAGGGUCACGGCCACGCUUUUAUGGAGUUUAUUACUUCUUGUUUCAUACAACGCGGCCGCUUUCGCAUUGAUAUCUCCGUGGAUUCCGUACAGCCUUAUUUUCUUUAGCGCUUACGCGGUAGGGUUCGUGUACAUCAGCGUCGUAUGGCAUCUGGCGAGCGUGGUCUCGGUGUUGGAGGACCUAGGAGGGGCGGACGCCAUGAUCAAGGGCAUGGGGCUCGUGAAGGGCAGGAUGGUCAUUUCAGGUGUUGUAUUCUUCUUGCUCAACUUGUGCUUUGUUUGCGUUGAAGUGGUGUUUGAGAGAUAUGUUGUGGUUGGGAUUGGGAGGAGGAUUGGAUGUGGGAUUGUGUGUUUAUUGGUGUUUUGUGGGAUAACAUUGUUGGGGCUUGUUACUCAAACGGUUGUUUAUUUUGAGUGCAAGUUGUAUCAUGGUGAGAUUAUUAUAAUCCCAAUCGCAAACUCCAAAGAUGCAAGAGUUGAUUUGGGUGAUUAUGCUCCCUUGAUCAGAUCUAAUGAGGUGGAUAGAUGUUAA